UGGACCGGGAGCGAGCGGCGCGUCGCCAUGCCGGCGUGACGGGCGCCCGCGGCUGCCCGCGCCGGGCCCCCGCGCUGCCCCACGCCGCGCCGCGCCGGCGCCGGGCGGCAGGAUGGGCUGUAUCCAAAGCAUCACCUGCAAGGCGCGGAUCCGGCGCGAGAACAUCGUGGUGUACGAUGUGUGCGCCACCAUCGACCAGUGCCCCACGCGCAUCGAGGAGACCUCGCCCAUCGUCCUGCGCUACAAGACCCCUUACUUCAAAGCCUCGGCCCGUGUGGUCAUGCCCCCCAUCCCCCGCCACGAGACCUGGGUGGUGGGCUGGAUCCAGGCAUGUAACCAAAUGGAGUUCUUCAACACCUACAGCGACCUGGGCAUGUCAAGCUGGGAACUGCCUGACUUGAGGGAAGGGAGAGUAAAAGCCAUCAGUGACUCAGAUGGGGUGAGCUACCCAUGGUACGGAAACACGACAGAGACUGUGACCCUCGUUGGCCCCACCAACAAGAUCUCCAGGUUCUCCGUCAGCAUGAAUGAUAACUUCUACCCCAGCGUGACAUGGGCCGUGCCAGUGAGUGACAGCAAUGUGCCACUGCUCACAAGGAUCAAGAGGGACCAAAGUUUUACCACAUGGCUGGUGGCCAUGAACACCACCACCAAGGAGAAGAUCAUUCUGCAGACCAUCAAGUGGAGGAUGAGAGUGGACAUUGAAGUGGACCCUCUUCAGCUGUUGGGGCAGCGGGCCCGGCUAGUGGGCAGGACUCAACAGGAGCAGCCCCGGAUCCUGAGCCGGAUGGAGCCCAUCCCCCCUAACGCACUAGUGAAGCCCAAUGCCAACGAUGCCCAGGUCCUCAUGUGGAGGCCCAAGCGGGGACCACCUCUGGUUGUGAUACCUCCUAAGUAAAAGCAGACUGCCCAACUGUGUGUGGAACACAUGCCACUGAGACCCGCAGUGGGGUGACCAGGGGUGGCAGGAGCCAAACUGAGUUUCUGAGCCAAAGCAGACCCUCUUGGUGUGCCAGCCUUUGCAGCUACUUGUGAUGAGUACAGCUGUUCCUUGGGCGGUAGAACCCUAACCCUUAGGGAAAGCCCCUUCCUCUUAGGAAUAAACAAACCACUGAUUUGAUAGACUUGCUCUGAUUACCAUGCAAGUAGCCAUAUUUUGGAGCUGACCAGGAUGAUUCUUUUAUUUGAACUAUUGACCAUUUCUUUCCUGUGAGAUGCAGGGGAUGGAAAUGAAACUAAAUGGUGCCUGUGGCAGACGCUGCUUCCCAACCAAUUAGAAGCGAGAGUGCAAACAUCCACACCAGGUGUUCGUAAGACAGUCUCCUUGUGUGACUGGAGGGUGCUGGGGAAUUGGGUGAAAGAUCCUGGUUCUGGGGAGAGAGGAGGAGAAGGUGUUACUACAGGUUAAUAUCAAGUAUUAGCUGAUGGUCAGAUUGUCAACACACCCGCUGGAAUGAGAGGGACACUUAGAAAACAAAACUGUGUGUGUGUGCCCUUUGUUUCGAGGGAAAGCUGUUUAGGAACUGUCCGAGGUGCUGACAUCAGCAGCCCCCAGUGGAGACUGUCAGCUCGUAUCCACUCACUCACCUCUUUCCAAAGAGAUUGCUCAUUCUAAGUGUUGCUAGUUACGGAAUUGGAUACACAGUUCCUGUUUUCUGUGUUGCUAGUUACAGUACUGGAUACACAGUUCCUGUUUUCUGUAGUGAUUGUGGUGUUGGCUCUCUCUUGGGUUUUUAGUCACUCAAUCUGUGACUUUGUUUACAGCCACUGAUUCUUAUCAUCAGCCCUCAAUUCACAAAGAUGUAUAAGCCUCAUGUUCAUGUAGGGUUUAGGGAACGUCUCAACAAAUGAGAACAACAUUUUCAAUAUUUAGUUUCUGAAUUGUUCAGACCCAGGAAGGGCACACAUCUGUGCACGCACCCGGGUGCUCACACACCAGUCUUUGGAAGGAAUAACAACUAGUCUCACCGAUAGUGCCUGAAUAUUCAUUUAUGGCCUUUAAACACAAAUAGUACACACACUGUAUUCCCACAUAGGUUAACUUCAGCUAUACUGACAAAAAUUCAACUUCAACUGCUUGUCCAGCUGUAGAUAAGAAAUGUUCAGACUUCUUUAGUGAACGUCUGAGCCUUAAGCAAUCUUGUGUUGCUGAGAUCCAGCCAAUAAAGAUGAGAAAUGGUUUUCCUUUAGUCCAGCAGUGCAAAACUUUUGAAAGACUUUCCAGUGUUUCCAGUGGUAAGAUUCCCAACCCUUUCCACCUAAGUCACCAUUCCUCACCCCACUCCCAAAGAAGAGCUUGCUUGCCCUGUUAUUCUCAAUGGUACAGAUUGUGAGGUGCAUCAAGGAAACUUUGUUCAGAAACUCCUCGUCUAAACUGACUACAGAAUUCUCACAAUGUUUAUACUGAGUAAGUAGAUUUUUUUAAGCCUAAUUUCAGAGGUGAGAGAUUUCCAAGUCCAGAGCCAUUAUACAAAUCCUGCCAUUGACUCCAAAUAUUCCAGAAUUUGGGGACAGAAAAUGUAAGCCAAUAGGCUUUCUCAUUACUCUUGUUUCCCAUGCACUGUAGUCUAAUUCCCUUCAUGCUCUGAUCCCAGAGGAUGCUACUCAGAAUAAUAUAGCACUAACUUCACAUUCCAACCAUUGGCUUCUCUCACCUGGAUUAGUUACCAAUGGCAAGUUAUUUAUAGCAACACAUCAAUGGCUCAUUGGUGACAUCGGUGAGUGGCAAAAACUCUAGAAAUAAUUCAGCUCUUAGUUUUUGGAUUUCCCACGCUUCCCUACUUUUUAAUGGCAGCUGACCUCAGAGACCUACAGAUUGAAGAGCAAAGUUGCUUAUUUUCCAUGCUAACAUCAGAAGCAGCAAUCUCUCCCUCGUAUUGAAUCAGAUGCCACUUUUAUGAGAUUUGGGUCAAUGGAUGCUGAUCUUGGAAUCUAAGCCGUGUAGCCCCACUUUAAGAAAAUCUGAUUUUUUUUUUUUUACAUCUAAAAUUGUAAGAACAGAUGAAUACAUUUAUAUUAAAGAAAAUCUAUGCAAGGUUUCAGUCUUUAAAUGUUCCUAGCACAUUAAGAUAUGACUCACACACUUAUAUUUACAUAUAAUACAGCUUUUCAAAGCCUUGUCUAUAGUUAAGAGCAAGGUGCAAUAUGCUUACCUAGACUUAUUCCUCCUUAAAAAGAAUCAGUUCAGAUUUUUAAAAUAAAUUACUCCAAGGCAGUUUCCUGGGGAAUGAUGUAAUAAAAAUUGAGGGAAAAAAUGUAUGAGAAGGGACUCCUAAAAGCUAAAUGCACUAUGCAAAUGUGCUUUACCAUUGUUGUGUGUCUCUUCUGCAAACCCUACCAUUGGGUCUCUCACUUCUGAAAUCAAUCUGGCAGAACACUCAGUUACCCAAUAGCCAAUUAAUGUUAAAAUUAUCACUGUUUUACAAGGAGAUGUCCCCUUUUCUCGCUAUCUGUGGAUCAUUGACUUUUAGCUUAGUCAGGACAUUGCCAAGCAAAAGGGAUCUCUUACAGGACAGAAUUAACCUUGAGAUAUCUGGUGGGAAGAUUAACCUGUAUUCCCUUGAGAAUGCAUGAUCUGACAGCAGGCAACAUCAGUUUCAAAGGGGCUCAUUUUGAGCCUUUGGUAUUAGUUGGGUUGUCUCCAGACUAUAUUUGGAUUCCAUUUAUGUACAUGGUUGCUUAGUGGUAUAAGGUUUUAAAUUCCUGUAUUUGAAAGAGCCUUCCACCAGAUCUUAAGUUCUAAAAUGAGGUCACCUUUGAGAUCUUCCAGUCUAUGAUCUCCAAGGAAAUUGAGGCCCAUUUAAAUUAGGUCAUCUAUUCAGGAUCACAUAUCUAAUCAGCACAUGGCAAGAAAAGGCCUGAGUCUUCCAGAUCUCGGCUUACAGUACAGCUACACUACCUGGGACCUGAGGUCCUCCCUUGUUUCCAGCCAGAAACAUUGUCAUUGUCCUGGAAUCAUUCACCCGCAAAUCAAUUAACCUAGAAAUGAAAAACAAUUGAGUCCAGAACCCUUUUGUUAUGAUGUCAAAAACAAUGACUAUUUCACACUGCUUUCUAUCUGUGACAGCUGUUUUGAUAUUGAACCCUUGAUCUUUGUUCUCUGCUGCAUGCAUACCACAUCCUCACAUCAUUGCUACGGCCCACAAUACAUGGGAGGCUGGAGGCAAGUCCCCUUUCUGCCAUCCAUCCAAGGAAUCAUUUUGGAUCCUCCUCCAUCACUCCCCCCAACGAAUACCUCAAAGGCCAAAGUCAUGGUCUAGGAAACAAUUCUGCAUAGUAAAAUAAAACAGCAAUGAUUCACAAAAGAUUUUACAAAAGGCUUCCACAUGCAUUUUCUCGUCCACGGGUAAUCGUAUUAAGAAGUGUCGUAUAGUGAUGGUUGUGGUGUUAUUGUCUCCAUUUUACAAAUAGCAAAUCGAGACCAAAGAGGUUAAAUGGAAUAUCCACAGGCACACAGGCAGAAAAAAUGCCAAGAGCCAGGAUUCAAACUGGGCCUUUUGGCUUAAACCCUCAUGUUCUUCCUCUGUAUCAUGCUGGCCCUUAGUUUACCUCUUAGCACAAAAGAGAAGAAAAGGAGGAGAACAAGUCACUGUCACCUGGCACAAUCCUGUAGUCCUCCCCUGCCUACCA